AUGCACUCUCUUUGCGUCCUUUCUGUGGCCGCUGCCACGCUUCUCUCACAGGGAGUCGAGGCAGCCAAGUCCACCACUUGGAAGCCAACUGCCUUUGCUGAUUCUAGCUCGUUGUCCAAGAGCGCAAAUUAUGUCUCCCUGACCAAAGUUAGAAGCGCAGGUGGUAGCAACAAACGUAGUGCUGCUUAUCUCAAGGGCUUGACGACUACUACCACGUCAAAUGGCUCCGUGGGCUUGAUCUCUCUCAUCGAGGGAGAAGAGUUCGCUACUACCAUUACCAUCGGUACGCAGACCUUUGAUGUCGUCCUCGACACUGGCUCAAGUGAUACAUGGGUGGUUGAGGAGGGCUUCGAGUGUGUCAAUGUCGACACUCAGAAGGAGACAUCUGAAUCAACCUGCGGCUUUGGUACUCCUUAUACCGUUGAUUCAACCUUUUCGCAGAUUGACGGUGAAGAGUUCGACAUUGAAUAUGGUGAUGGCGAGUUCUUGAAAGGCAUCAUGGGCAAAGAGACUGUAACCAUCGCCGGAAUUACUGUCGAGGGUCAGACCAUCGCUCUUGCUAACUACACCGGUUGGGACGGUGAUGGAACAACGUCUGGUCUUACUGGAUUCGCCUACCCAGCUCUCACGAGCGCCUAUUCGACCAAAACCGAUGACCAAGAAGAAUACAACCCUCUCUUCACUACAAUGUAUGAAGACGGGUUGGUCGAUUCUUACUUCAGUCUUGCCAUUCUACGUGAUGUCUCUGGCUCAGCUGGCUAUCUUACCCUGGGUGGCUUGCCCCCUAUUACCUUCAACGAAACCUUUGCAACCACCGAUAUUCUCGUCACGUCAAUAGAAGGUUAUCCCAAGGGUUACGACUUUUAUACAAUCGAAGUGGACAGUAUCAAUCUGAAUGGGAAGGCCCUCUCCGGUGGUGCGAGUGUGAAGUACAUUGUUGAUUCUGGCACGACCUUGAACUACUAUCCCACCAAAAUCGCCGAUGAAGUCAACGCCGCUUUCUCUCCAGCUGCCACCUACAGCGACGAUCAGGGCGCAUACGUUGUUGACUGCGAUGCCACUCCUCCAGAGCAUUCCAUCACCAUUGACGGCAUCACAUUUACCAUCAACCCAUUGGAUAUGAUCCUGUACGUCGAAGACAACCUGUGUAUUUCCGGUAUCGACGACGGUGGUGAUAGCUCUACGGAGGACGUGUUUAUUCUGGGCGAUACGUUUCAGAAGAACGUUCUGUCCGACUCCAACGGCCCAGCCACGACGCUCUUGGACAUCCAGAAGCUCCGCUUCGCUUUUACCCGUUUAGGCCAACGUUUAUUUGUUGAUUGCCCGACUGCGCCAUCGGUUCUUGGGUUUUUGUUAUUCCUACUGGCAAUUGUUGAUUUGGAAGUCCCAUUGUUAAUCGUCUUGGGUACCACGGUAACGGUCAAGCUAUCGCUCAACUACGACAGGGCGCAUGGGAAAGUGAACAUCAGCUCGCACGAAUCGCUCUUGGCCUUGGAUUCCUGCAACAUAGCGAUAGAGAGAAAUAGUAUGGCUACGAGCUCGCAAAGCCCUCCAGUACCAUUCAAUGCGGCGUACAAUGCCCCCCAGGCGAGGCCAGGAAUGGCUCGCUCCAGUUCGACUCGCUCUAGGAGAAUGAGUGUGGAAGGAGCAGGAGAUCCUGCAGCGCAGAACUAUGGUGCCAUUCCCCCCUUAGCACCAGCUGCACCAGAGGCAUCAAGGGGCCCUCCAGUCUCGACACGCAACGGUAAAGUACCUGGGAGUGCUCGAAGUGAUGUUCCUCGGUCAUUCUCUGUUCGGUCAAGGAAACCGCCUCCAGAAAGCGCGCAUGCCUUUCAAGAUGCUGGAUAUGUUGAUGAUGGUUUUGGUGCUUCACACGAGAAAAUAAAUCAAAAUCAACGACCUCCUACGCAACGUGGUCCUGCACUACAGCCCACAUUUGCAAACGCGCCGCCAGCAAUGUCAGACACUCCCUCACACCCAUCACCUGUUGACAGCACGCGACAGCCCCGGGGACCUUCAGAAAUGGCUCCUCGCCCGACAUCACGUAGCCAGGUCUCACCCCUAAGUCGUUCAAACACUGUACAAUCGACAAAAGGGGGCUUGCCAGUGGAUCGAUCCCCUCUACAGCAACUAGAGACAAGGUUCGUUGGACUGAGCAAGGAAGAAAAGAGAGCCCGUAUGAUGGAAGCCGAAAGGAAGCUGCGUGAAAAGAAUGUUCGGGGUGACAGCCAGCGCGCAAGUGCUGCUACUCAGCCCGCAUCCUCUGAUUCCAAAUCAGAGACAAGAGAAAGUCCUCAACACGCCGAACGACCGACCAACGAUACACCCUCGGUCAACUCGGGUGGCUCUAGAGACUCUCGUGACUACCAACGCCAAAAAAGGCAACCAUCUAUCAGCCGCAAGCCUAUUCCUUCUGAACAACUUCAAUAUGCUACAGUACAGCCAGCUCAGGAACCACAGUAUGCAUACUCCCAAGGGCAAGGCGUUCCGGGUUCACGAGUUGCCAUUUCACCACCAAAGCAACGGCAGCCAAGCCAAAGCCAACAAAGUUCUCGCCCAUACGGUGUGACUUCUGGAAAUGGCAACAUUGUCCAGCCGGCUCGACAUCCACAGGGCGAUGGGCAAAACCACGGGAAUUAUAAUGUUCCAUCGGUAGCUACUGGUAAGCCGCGAUCAGGAAGCAUUCAAGCGCAGAGAUCGGUUAGACCAGGAUAUGAUCAGCAGCGUCCCACGACCUCGGCAGGCCGCCAACAACCUCCAACAAUGACUCAUAAUAAUCGACCUGUGACCUCGUAUAAUGAACAAACAUUCCUGGAUCCUGACACUGGAGUUCGCCCUACCCAUUUUGCGGGUGAGGAUUUAAAUCGAGAUGUAGAGAAGGAGCAGCAACAACUCGGGCUGGACGAGGCUCCGACACCUGUCCUGAAAAAGCCGAAACGGCAGACUGUAUCCUUCGACAUUCCUCCACCGACACCUCCGCCUCUGGAUGAAUGGCGUCGUGCCCCUGUAGCAAGGCUACGUGUCGCAGAUCGAGAUUUUGAACGCAUUGACGUGGAUAAAGGAAAGGCUUGGUGGGAAAAGGGUGCUAGCUCAAAUCGACGACAGAGUCGUGCUCUCCCAAGCAAUUAUCGCAAGCCUACACCUAAAAUGAACGAAAGUAAUCGUUUUGAUCCCCUACUUUUCUUACGAUGUGGUCCUUUACUACGCUACCUUGGUAUUAGAAAGACGACCGUUGACGGACCUCAAGGAACGACGGAACAAGAAGUGUGGCGGGGUAGUAUCAUGAUUGUGACGAAAGAUUCUCUGUCCUCGUUGGAAACGCCGCCCACCUUGCGCCUAUUUGCUCAGCCUAUGGAUCUUCUGCCUCCACCUCCUCGACAGGUUGAGGGAGCUCAUCUAGCUCCCGAGUAUGUUGACCCCAUAGCUGGCGUGGUCAAAGUCGGCCGUGAUGGGCGCGCAUUAUAUGUUAAACCCGUGGAUCACCUAGAGGAAGAGGUGGAUCUUUCUGCAGUCGAGAGCGAAGAUGGGCUGUUCGAGAGCUCCCCCAGUCCUAUAGAUUAUGCGACCGAGGACAGCGCGGAAUUCAAGGCUGUACCGAGCAACAGACUCCAUCCAGUCAAUGGAGAAAAUAGCGGGCUUUAUGAAGAGAUCCAGGCAUUCCGGCUGUACUCUGACUCUGCUAGGGACGUGACUUUUUGGCGAUUCAAUAUCGAAGUUGAAUUGACUGAGAAACAAGAACGAAUUGCUUAUCGUAUCAACCAAGGACCAGCAAUCGGCUUCUGGGUUCCGGCAAAAGGCCAAUCGAUGAACAUCAUGUUUCACUCGUGCAACGGAUUUAGCUUGUCCGUUGAUCGCGACAAAUUUAGCGGACCUGAUCCUCUUUGGCGAGAUGUGCUUAAUGAGCACCAAACUCGCCCAUUCCAUGUGAUGAUCGGUGGUGGGGAUCAGAUUUACUGCGACAAAGUCAUGCAUGAAUCGGAUCUCUUCGAAGAGUGGAUGCGCAUUAAGAAUCCGCAUAGCAAGCAGAAUGCACCGUUUAGCGCGGCAUUUAAGGCUGAACUAGAGACCUUUUACCUGAACCACUACGCUGAAUGGUUCUCGCACGGCCUUUUCAGUCUGGCGAAUUGUCAGAUUCCUAUGGUGAAUGUUUGGGAUGAUCAUGACAUAAUUGACGGAUUUGGCUCCUAUCCUGAUCAUCUCAUGAGGUCUCCUGUAUUCUCCGGGCUGGGCAAUGUGGCUUUUAAAUACUAUAUGCUUUUCCAGCAUCAAAGUGUGCCCGAAGAGACCGAGGCAGAUGAACCCAGCUGGCUUCUGGGAGCUGACCCGGGGCCAUAUAUCAAGGAAAAGAGCCGUAGUCUCUUUAUGUCUCUCGGAAAGGGUGUAUCUUUCUUAGGCAUUGAUUGCCGCACUGAGCGCAUGCGCGAAGAAAUUGUCAGCGAGCAAACAUGCGAGUUGAUCUGGGACCGUUGUUAUCGCGAGAUUGAACGUGGCGAAGUUAAGCAUUUGAUUGUGCUUCUGGGAGUGCCUAUUGCCUACCCUCGACUUGUCUGGCUAGAAAAUAUUCUCAGCAGCCGAGCAAUGGACCCUGUAAAAGCGCUUAGCCGGGCAGGGCUCUUCUCGGGCCUUACCAAUAGAUUCGACGGCAGCGUUGAAGUCCUGGACGAUGUAGACGAUCAUUGGACCGCGAAACAUCACAAAUUGGAGAGAACGUUGCUGAUUGAGGAUUUACAAGAUCUUGCUGCAGAGAAGUCUGUACGAGUUACGAUUCUUGGCGGCGACGUCCAUCUGGCUGCCAUUGGGCAAUUCUAUUCCAACCCGACGCUUAACAUAGCCAAAGACAAGGACUACCGUUACAUGCCAAACGUCAUAUCAUCAGCCAUAGUAAAUGCACCGCCUCCCGAGAUGAUAGCGGAUUUCCUCAACAAGCGCAACAAGGUCCACCAUAUGGACUCGAAUACGGAUGAAGAUAUGAUCCCGAUUUUCACCCAUGAUGUGGACGGCAAGAAUAGGAACAACAAGCGACUGCUGCCGCGCCGGAAUUGGUGCUCUAUUCGAGAGUAUCACCCAGGAACCACGCCACCACCAACCCCACCAACGCCGGCUGAAUCUCCUGAUGCAGGUGUAGAAGAUGUUCGACCGGGACUGCUGAGACGUACAUUGUCGUUAGGUCGGGGAGAAAACAGGGCAGACACUCAAGCACGCCCAGCCGGAUUGCUUAGACGUCUCUCAAGCCGGAGACGUCCGCCUACAAAAGAAUUCAAUCUUGAAAAUGCGCAGCGGCGUCGCUUCAGUACAGACGCCAUCGCCACGGGUGCUGUGAAUCGUCGCCCACCGGAAAACGGCGAUAGCUACUUCGCGUCUAGCAAUGAUGAACCAGCGCCUGGUCCUUUCCACCGACGGGCAACAGAUCUUUCUACCAAGGCCGCUAAGAAAGGCAACGCUAUUGGAGGAGACAAUGCUGCGACAGCUUUUAUCAAUCUAGAAGGUGGGCUAGAUAUCACGUUGAAUCUCGAAGUCAACCCCAAGGACCCUGCGGGUAUCACUACGCCUUACAAAUUGCUCGUUCCGGCUCUGUGGUAUGACGGCGGAUAUGAUCCGGAGCCGCAUCGGGUCGUGAAAGGAUGGAGGAAGUGGCUGGGUCGAGGAAAACCGAAAGGAGGCCAGCACGAGCAGCAGCAACUCCAAGUCCACGAUCAGGAAUAUCCCGGCCAGAUGCGUGAGGGCGGUGAUGGCUACGGCGGCGACGACGACGACGAUGAUGAAGAUGAAGAUGAAGAUGAAGACCAUGAGGACUACGACGAUGACGAAUAUUACGACGGCGCGCAUAAUCAUAGUCAUAACUAUUCGUCAGCGAAUGAUUAUGCGAUGCCACAUGGCGACGAUGAGCCAGACCCCCCACCAAAGAAGAAGAAGUGGCUGGGAAUUGUAUAG